AUGUCAUGAUCAUAACGAUAAUGAUGGAGGAUUCAAACACAUUCUAUAUUUUUGAAAAUUGAAUUAUUUAAAGUAAGAUUUGCAAUAAGUUUCUUUGCAGAAAACAGAAUGUAUUGUAAAAAAAACGAAAGAAAAAGUGAUUCACAUUUUCUAUAUAUUAUAUGUAAGUCAAACGAAAAACAAAAAGCACACAGAAAAAGAACGAACAGAAGAUAUACAACGAAAAGAAAGAAAAAUAAAUUUAAAAAAGAUAAAAAAAAGAUUAAAGACAGAGUAUAAUAAUAAUAAUAAGUCUAUAUCAUGCAAAUAACUUUGUGUUCUAGAUUAAUUGUUCUUUCAAUUUCCAUCUCAAUUUGUUCUACUUUAAAAUGCUAUACAUGCACUUCAAGUUCUUUAAAAAGUUGCAAUGUUAUGCAGAAACUAGAGAAAUGUACUCAGAUCGAAAAUACUUGCUUAACCAUUCAUCACACCGUCGUAAUAGAAUCUGGUAACAAAACAUUGAGUAAAACGUAUUAUCUUAAAAAAUGUGCAAAACCCACUCAGGAAUGUAAAGCUUAUUAUUGUAACCAGCUUCUACAUAGUAAAGAAUGCACGGCGUUUUGCUGUAAUCGAGACGGAUGCAACAAAUCAAUCAACCCAAUUGUUGUUAGCGCAAAGCAUACAAGUUCUACAGAGACUUUGAUGCCGUUUUUUUUGAUGCCGGUUUUUUUGAUGGUUUUAACUGCUGUUAUUAUGCAAUAUCUAUAAAGUUUUGUUUUAUAUACAAUAACGCUACCGAAAUACGCUAAAUAUAUUAAAUUAGUAUGGUAACGAUAUACUAUUUAAAAAUAAUAUAAAUAAAAUAUAAUAACAAACUUUAUUUGUAUAUAUAUCUAUUUGUAAACUAAACCAAUAAAAGU